UUGGUAUUAGAAGGCGGUCUUAUUGAUUCCAACACGUGCGGUUCAAUUUUGUUAAAUUAUUUAAUAAAAACACCGGGGCAAAUGGCAAGCAAAAAUCGCAAGGAGCCGCUUCUGUACAUGGAGGAGUAUCGGGUGAAGCAGGAUCCGCAGGACUAUGGACUGGCGGACGAUGUAUUUUCCGUUCAGGCUUUCAAGGAAAAGCUGCACAUCAAAAUCGUCAGAAACGACGAAGACGGCCUGGAGUUCGAUCUGAUUGGCGUGUAUCCCGCCAUUGCAAAUGCCUUCCGUCGCCUGAUGCUCAGCGAUGUGCCCAGCAUGGCCAUCGAAAAGGUGUACAUAUACAACAACACCUCGAUCAUCCAGGACGAGGUACUUGCCCAUCGAAUGGGUCUACUUCCGUUGCGGGCUGAUCCCCGUCUAUUCGCAUACCGCACCGAGGAAAGCACUGAGGCGGGGACCGAGCAGGAUACGCUUGAAUUUGAGCUGAAGGUGAAGUGCUCGCGGCGACGGGAUGCUGGAAAAGAUCAGUCCAACUUCGAUGACAUUUACAAAAACCACAAAGUGUACUCGGGUCAUCUGAAGUGGCUGCCCAAAGGAAAGCAGGCGCAGAUAUACAGCGAGAGUGCUGUGAACUGCAUUCACGAUGACAUACUGAUUGCCCAAUUGCGUCCGGGUCACGAGUUGGAUCUGCGCCUGGUGGCGGUUAAGGGACUUGGACGGGAUCACGCGAAAUUCUCGCCGGUGGCCACGGCCACCUACCGACUGCUGCCCAUGAUUAAGCUGAACCGCGAGGUGACCGGUAAGGAUGCGUACCUAUUACAGAACUGUUUCUCACCAGGAGUAAUUGGCAUUGACGAGAAUGAAACUGCCUAUGUAAAGGAUGCACGCUACGACACGUGCAGCCGAAAUGUGUAUCGCUAUCCCCAGCUAAACGACGCUGUGACUUUGGCCCGUAUCCGAGAUCACUACAUUUUCUCCGUGGAAUCAGUCGGCGCACUGAAGCCCGAUGUCAUCUUCCUGGAGGCGGUCAAGGUAUUGAAGAGAAAGUGCCGGGCGCUAAUUGACGAAAUUGAGGCAGAAUAGUUAUUUAUUUAGUUGUUAAAGAAAUUAUAUUAUGUACAUAAGACAGCUUGAUAUAAAUUGUAAGCCUACG